GGUGCUUCGAUUGCAGAAAGUGUUUGAUCGUCCAAUAUGAAACAGUACCUGGUGCUUGCCCUCGUCUUCGCGGCCAUUCUGGCCAUGAUCAGCGCCCAUCCUCUGGAGGAACAAAAGAUCACGCUGGAAGAUGCUGAAGCACAGCCGGGAAUCGAUGAUGGCACUGGAGUUAGGGCUGCUCGUCACUUUGGCGGCUUUCGCCGCGGAGGAUACUGCUGUGGAGGAGGCGGUGGCUACCGCCCUGGUGGAUUCGGUGGCGGUGGCGGAUAUCCCAGAGGUGGAUUUGGCGGAGGCAGUGCAUCAGCAUCGGCGUCAGCUUCAGCCAGUUCCAGUUGGGGACGUAAAUAAAAAUAGUUAAUCAGUGUAAAUGAGGCAAAAAUAGACAAACGUCAAGAAACGAAAACAAAAACAUAUGACUUUGCAUUGGGUGGCAAAUUGAGGGACUUUCGGUGUAAAGGGCGUGUUCGAUUGCUUACGCACUUAAUCACAAAAAAUACAACGUAAUCGAAUGGAACCGGUCCAGAAACGCUAAUCGAUGAAUACGAUCCAAACACGAUCGAAAUUCUACUUUUCCCACAAAUGAAAAAUCUUCCAAGAUUAAGACUCCGCUAGUUCUAAGCCAUUCAAUUAAAAAUAGCACAUCUGGACCAUAAAUGUGGUGGUUUUUGUUGAUAACUUUAAUGGCUAGAUUUGAUAACUGUUGCGAAAUGCUUGCACAACUAAAAGGAAUCGCCAAAUCUGGGAUAAUGUAACCUGUUUUCGAACAACACACUAAUUGCCAAGUCAAAUAAAAAGCUAGUUCGAUUAAUUUCCAGA